UGCGUGUGUGUACGACUGUGGCAUGAGGACCGGCGCAUGCGGGACCGAGUGCGAGCAAGAACGCCAGUGCGGGCACGGCCGUGCGAGACCACCGGUCUACACCUGCGUACGGUAAUGAUUGUGAUGCCGAUGCUACACAGGCUUGGAGCCGCGGCCGCACUUCCCCGAGCUCCCUCUUGGCGGACGGGUGAAGGCCCCAGCGCAGCCCUGCACAGGCAGCCAGGCUGAACAGAAUCCUAUAGAGCGUCAGCGGAUGCCGCCACACACGCGGUGUGGCGUCAGAUGCCGAAGCGCAAGUUCUAACGGCAGGGCUUGCUGCCGCUCGUCGUCGACCCUGGUCUUUGCACAGGAUCUCCAGGAUGAGCGGCCGGGCUGAACCACCACUUGCAAGGUGAGUCCCGAAAGUUGAUAUGGUGAAAAUGAGCACUGCGGAAAUGUACAACGCCUCCAGCGGGUGGAAGGGGAGCCACCACUGCGAGUCAAGGCAGAGCCCUGCCUCGGCCGGCCAAACUCGGCCUCCCCUGUGGAAUCAUGUGCUUAGGUAUCGCGUGCAGUGCGUUGUCUGCCCGGACUGCCUAGGCAGUUCCAAAGAAGGCAGGCGAAAGUAGAAGUCGGCCGAGAGGGACGAGCGGGAGGUGCAGGGAGACGGAAGAGGGGACAGCAAGGGGAAGGAGGAGGAGAAGGAGAAACUAACAGAACAGCACAGGUGUCUCUAGACGAGAUGAGGACUGGGCGGCGCGAGGCCGCGAUCGGCUGGCUGGGAGCGUAGUUCGGCGGCACGUCCACGCCAGACGCGCAAACCAUGAUUCUACAUCUGAGCGGCCUCCAGGACGGACCACGAGCAGCCGGGACUCCUCGACAGGCGGCCCUGGUCGACGGAGAAGCCAGCCGAUGAGAAGAGAACAAGAGAUGCAGCGCGCCCUCGGCAAGGUUGAGUUGCAGCUGGCCCACGUGUACCUCGUGGGCUUGCGCCACUCUUCUCGCCCCCCGCUGCGCCACAGCGACGCGGUGCGCACGUCGCAGCGCAAUGAGGAGGCACGGGGCGAAAAGACAAGGAGUACGACGAAGAAGCUCCUUCUCCUUUGGACGCCACUUCCCACUUCCCCCCUCGGGCCCUGGGGCGCCCGGGGCCUCUCCGAAAGCACGAGCCGCGGGCAGAAGCGCCAUCGGACGGACCGCGUCG